UCUCCGUUUUGUUUGUUUGAUUUCGUUUCCUUAGUUUUUGUCUUCUACCUUCUACUGAGUCUUCGUUUCUAAUAAAACUAUAAAACUAAAUGCUAGAAUGAAUACUGAGAUAUUAAGCUGUGAUGAAGUGCCAAUGAAAUUUUCAGAAUGGUUACUAAAUAUGGGUUGCCCGCCGAAUACUGUGCCAUCAGUUGAAAAAGUUGCGGAAAUGUGCAGGGGCCAGUAUUAUGUUGUGUGGAGAAGUUUAAUGGAGCAUGUCCAACCUAAGAAUAGCAUCAAAGAAAAGAGGUUGCAAGUGUUCUGUAAUGAUGUAGAGAGGUGGCGCAAGAAGAGUCCUUUUAAUGAGUAUGACACAAGUGUGGUGAUGCCUGAAGAGCUUCUCCUUUGGCAUAAACAAGCAGAGCUGAAGGAAAAAGUGCAAUCAGCCGAAGUUAAAAAUGCAGAGGCAAGAGAAAAUCUUAAACUGCAUACUGAUAAAACAACAAUGAAGAUGACAGAACGCAACCUCUGUGUUUGUCGUAUUCAAAACCUGCAACGGCGGGUGUGGUUGCUGCAGCAAGUUGCUCAGGAGUUGAAAGCUAAAAAGACCAAUCUACAGGAGACGAAAAUAAUAGCAAACUCAUUAUGCUCAUUUGAUGAAGAAGAGAUUGUAUCGGAGAAACUGGAGAAGUGUAUAUCACUGAUGAGUCAAGGUGCAGUUCAUCCGCCAGCGUCGUCAUGCUCGCUGCUGUCCACCGCGAACCCGGUUGCAUGCUCCUCCAUUAUGUCUGCCCAGGGUGACCACACUGACGCUGUUGUGGAAGAGCAAGUUUCCUCACUAGUGAAAUGUCGCGGCGACGCCUUAUGGCGUCAAUUGUGCGAGAGACGUGCAACACUGGCCUCCGCGCUCGCUACUGCCACACCACAUGUACACAGUUCCCGUAUUCCCGGAACCAAUCCACAAUCGGUGUUGGCCCACACAGCAGCCCUCCAUUGUACACUCGGCAUUGAAACGAUGAAAAACCGUAUACACGUUGAGCAAACGCAAAAACGUUUCGUCGACGCCAUUACUGAUCUUAACAAUUGUCUAUUGAGCGCCGAAGAACAUGAACUGGCAGUAGUGCGGUGCGAGCGUGUGUACAUGGCAGCCCGUGCCGCCGCCCUUACGUCUCUCCUAGGCCGCCUCGUCUCCCGCCACGAGGAGUUCGGAGACGCCGUUCCAGCACCUGGACCUGCCGCCGCUCCUGCGGACCGCCUCAUUCCAGCAGUUGAUAGAGCUAUUGAAAGCAAGAGAGAAGAAUUAAGGAGGGUGCUAACAGCAUUGUCCAUCACAGAGAAAAAGAUAUUCAACAUUAAAGAUUGCCUUCAUAACGUUUUUAGUGGAUUCCAUAAAGAUGUGCAGGCUGGUGAAAAUGACAGGUACAAAAACUUGCUCGACUUUCCUCAAGACUCCAUAGCCACUAUCCGACAGUUUUACGAAGCGAAACGCGAGCGGUCUAGAAACAAGUUGGAGCUGAGUCUAAAUUUGGACGUGUCGGAUAAUUGUUCCUUCACACUGAGUACAGAUAAUAACCCGACGUUUACGGACGAGCUGAGGAUUUAUAUGAAGAAGUUCAGUUUGGAGAAGAAUAGAAAACUUGUGUUAGAAAGUGGUGAGAAGAUCUGGAUCUUUGAGAGCCUCGAAGCCGCUAUAAGCCGGUUACGCACAAAGUGGCAAGACAACGAAAUCGCCUGUCCCCUUCUCUGUCCGUCUGUCACGCUAGCUUGUAACAUACGGCGGCUUAUUGACGCCGUACAGACAAGAGGAGUCUUGGAGUUAACUCUUCGUGGUAUAAAAGACGAACAGAAAUUCGGAAGUGAUAUAGAUAUUUCGUCAAGGAUUGAAGAGGAAGAACAGAUCAUGGACAAAAUAAAAAAGCGACUCAACGAGAAUAUACUCAGUUUACAGAAAAUCAACAAAACCCUCGAAUUGGGACAAGAAAACUUGAAAUUUUGGUCCGACAACUGUAUGAAAGAAUACAUUUCGUCAAACAGAAAGUGUAAAGAUAGAAUUUAUAAAGACUAUGAAUGUUUCUAUAUUGAAAAAUUAGGUUUAAAUAUUGUAUGA